ACCGUGCGAGCCUCGUCAAAGUUAGGGCAGGUUAUAUCAAAGACCUCUGUGUGUGUGCCUGUUUUGCUAAGCUCAUUCUGCGAUACAAGUCGGGACAAGACCAGUCUCAGGGCUCACCAUACUCAAUGAGCGGACAGCGCAAUGUCAGAGCGCUCUGGGCAAACUGCAAAGGGGAAGGAAGGCAAAACCAAGUAUGCGUCUCUCAACUUGUUUGAUACAUACAAAGGAAAGAGCCUUGAAACACAAAAGCCUGUUGUCCCCCCCCGCCAUGGCCUGCAGUCUCUUGGUAAAGUUGCUUCCGCACGGCGUAUGCCACCCCCUGCCAACCUGCCCAGUCUGAAGGCAGAGAACAAAGGCAACGACCCCAACGUCUCGCUCGUUCCCAAAGACGGCACAGGAUGGGCAAGCAAACAGGAACCAGCAGACCCAAAGAGUACCGAUGCAUUGUCAGCACCGCAGCCGGAAUCGCAGCAGCCUGUGGCUUCACAGAUACCUGCGCCGACCUGCCCGAGAACCCCACCAGCUCCAGAGGCUCUGGCCCCACCUUCAACCCAGGCCGUAGGGGUAAGGUCCUGGGCACAGGCCAGCGUUACGCUUGGAACACAAGGGGAUGGUGGAAGGGGAUCAAACCUACCGUCGCCAUUCUCUCGCGAGGAAUUUCCCACCCUGCAGUCGGCUGGCGACCAGGACAAAGCUGGCAGAGAACAGGCCACUGCAGAUCAGUGGUAUGGGCCCGGACCAAGCCUCCGCCCCCAGAACGUCACAAGUUGGCGGGACGGUGGGGGCCGAGCCCUGGCACCCACCCUGCCUGGGGAGGGGGUGGCGGAGGGGGGUACAGGUGGAGCUCUGGUGAUGGAUGGGGCAGCUGGGAUCCCCCCUGUGAACUCCCUGAUCCAAGGGCCACCUAGAAAUCCUCCUGCAGGCAGCCCGGCCUUGCCCCUGCCUCAGCCUCCCGUGGGGCCUGGGUUCCCCCAGUACCAAGGGAUCAUGCCCCCCUUCAUGUAUCCUCCUUAUCUGCCCUUCCCAGGCCCCUAUGGCCCUCAGGGGCCCUACAGGUACCCGCCACCUGGAGAAGGUCCAGUUCCAAGGUUCCCGCGUGGGCAGGGUGGUCCUGACAGCAGGCCACAGGGGGGCCCGCGGGAUUUGGGUGAAGUGGUGAAGCGACCCUCCAUCCUAAAGCAGGACGACCUGAAGGAACUAGAUGAGCUGGACCACGACGGCGACGAUGGCUGGGCAGGAGCUCAUGAGGAGAUCGAUUACUCCGCCAAGUUAAAGUUCAGUGAUGACGAAGGUGAUGAAGAGGGAGAGGAGGAGAAAGCAGAGAGCAAAAAUGACUCCCGUGAGCAGCAGAGAUCUCAAGAUGCUCCCGCUGCAGCCUCUCACUCUCGAGCUUCAGACAGCAGCGGAGAAAGCCGUCGAACACCUCCCUCCAACGCUGACGGCGUCCCCCAACCCCCCUCCAGCAAGCCAGGAUGGGCCGAGGAGGGAGGCAGCGGUUGGGGAAGCCAGGCGGCGGCUUCCAACCAGCAGGGGCGCAGGCCGGGAUUGGGUGGUCCCCGGGAGCAGCCCUCCCCCCCACCUGGGCCCCUCCUUGGACAAGGGCCCUACUCCUUUUCCAGACAGGAACGGCCACACAACCAGAGUCCUUCUCUUGGCCCUGGGAAACCUGCUCCUGCCCAGCAUCAACCAGCAGGAGGUCCCGCCCCUUCCUCCCAGCCUGGCCUGCUGGUCCACGGGUCCCAGGGUGACGACGAAGAUGAGACUUGGCGCCAGCGCCGAAAGCAGUCGUCCUCAGAGAUAUCUGCCGCCGUGGAGCGAGCCCGUCGUCGUCGCGAGGAAGAGGAGCGUAGAAUGGAGGAGGAGAGACGCGCCGCCUGUGCCGAGAAGCUCAAAAGGCUGGAUGAGAAGCAGCAGCAGCAGCAGGGCGGCAGCGCCGGAGGAGGCAGCAGCAGCAAGACCCCCAGCCUCGAUGGCAACUCCACAACUGCUGCCGCCGGCAGCCCCAGUCCGUGUGUUUCAGUGUCCUCUCCUAACAUCAGCCAGCCCCCCUCCCCUUGUGUGGACACCGAAGAGCCUCCGGUGCUGACGGUGCAGCCAGGACCUGGUGCAGGAGGUGAUCGGCGGCGAGCUAGCAGCAACAGCAGCCACGACUCCGGGACAGAUGUCCAACAGUGUCCACAGCCGGCUGCACCGCAGCCACAGCAGACCACGCUGGACGUACCUUCACCAGUGGAGACUAAAGAAGAGGCCGUGGGCGGCCCUCACAUUCGUGUAGGAAGUGGAGCAGAAAGAGUGGACCCAGUGAAGGUUGAGACUUCUGGUGGAGGAGCGGGCCGUCAAGCUGGAGGUCCUCCUGGGCCGGUUUACUCCAAGUACCAGAAGUCUCUCCCGCCCCGCUUCCAGAGGCAGCAGCAGGAGCAGCUCCUGAAGCAGCAGCAGCAGUGGCAGCAGCAGCAGCAUCACAGUCAGGCAUCACAAAGUCAGCUGUCUCCUCAGCCCCAGGCCCCUUCACCAGGUUCAACACCCCAACCAGGGCCUGGACCGAAGCAGGGUGCACCCAUGUAUCAACCCGGCAGCAUGGUUCGACCCCCACCCCUGCCGAUGAACUUUGACCCUCGGUGGAUGAUGAUGCCCUACAUGGACCCUCGCAUGAUGCAGGGUCGCCCUCCGCCCAUGGACUACUAUUCAGCUGGCAUGCACCCAUCUGGGCUAAUUGGCCGCGAGCGAUCCGAUUCAGGGGGAUCUGGUUCAGAGCCUUUUGAUAGGCAGCAGCAACAUCCGGGGCACCCUCAUCGUGGAACCCCCCCAAUGGAUCCUAAGCUGGCCUGGGGGCCAGAGGUAUUCCCUGCUGGAGGGGAGAGCCGUGGGCUGACUUCUCCCCUCAGACAGAAGCCGGCACUGGAGGACGAGGAUGUGGGGAAGGGCCCCAGGAGCAACACUCCUCCCCAUCGCUCGCGAGAGGCUGGUUUGGGACCAGUCCAGCAGCCCAGCUCCUCAUCCAGGACAUCCAGUCAAACUCCUCCUCCUCCUGCUGGUGCUCAAGUCCCCCAGGGUGGCAGCCACCACCCCCAUCACUACAUUGGUGGGCGGAGCAACUACAGCAACUUCCCUGACCAGGGCGUCAGGGGGCCUCUCCACCAGCAACAGCAGAGGCCGGGGGACAGAGGCUUCGCCCACCAAGAUGAGGGGACUUCUCGAGGACCUCAGCAGAUCCAAAUAUGGGGGGCCCAACAUUCUCAUUAUGAUCGUAACGGACGAGCAGACGCCCCCAGUAUGGAGAGCAACUCUCAUCACCACCAACAUCACAGCCACCACCCUCAGCAGCCACAGUUCCCUCUUAACCCCCACAAGCCAGAAAAUGGUCGCGAGACUGCCGGUAAGAAAACCGACUCGACUCCUCCUCUCCACCAACCGUCUCUGUCAUCCUCCUGCUCCUCCUCCUCCUCCUCCUCUGCCAGGGAGGACAGUAAAGUGGCCCAGCAUCAUCUCCCACCACAGCGGGAGGGUGACUCUGGUAUCAACCAGAGUCUUGGUGAAAGAGGUGGAGGCGCCAGUAACAGUCUUGUGAAACCAGAGAAGAUGGGACCAGCGUACGCAUCCCAUCCUUCACUCGUCAGCAACCAAACAUCUCAGCAUGGUGGUCAUAAUCAGACGCUGCAGCAUCCUCAUCCUAAGUCAAACCAAAGAGGAGGGCGCGAUCACAAGACGGAGACGCAGUGGGGCCCUCGGCCCGGAAGCAACAUGGGUAGAGGAUCCUCUCAUGGCAGGAGAGCCAUCAAUGCAGGAGGUGGGACCAGCUCCCGUGGAGGAGAGGACUCCUUCAGUACCCCUUCAGACCAUAAACCCUCUAACCAGGCAGGAGGCGGCAAUCCCAUCAAGAGGGCAGGUCCGAUUAAGAAACCACUGCCGAAGGAAAUUAAGAGAGAAGGAGGGGAAGUUAAUGGAGGUGAAAAAACCAGUGGAGGCUCUGGAAAAGAUAAAGAACAAGAUGGUGCUCAACCCCCCUCUGUGAAACAGGAAGCCCCCUCUGUCUCCCAGAAUGCUUCAGCUCCAUCUAAAGAAGAGACAGCCCAGACAGCUAAACCCAGGAAUGGAGGAAAAGAACGCUCCUCAGGAAGAGGGUCCAAGGAUGUAGACGCCACAUCUUUAGGGUUUCCAGCACCCCCCUCUAGAAAAGACAGAGAUCGAUCGUUUGAACAAGGCGGCGGCGGCUCCCACCACCCAGAAAUCCCCGCCAAAGGCGGAAGAGCCAGCCGAGGACGAGGAGGAGAAUUUUACGGGCGUGGGCGUGGUUACCGGAGUACCUACACCGCCAACGCUGGACCGGUUGGGGGAGGUCGUGGUAGAAUGGGGGGUAGGAGUGGUCGGGACUACCGCUCAUCGGUUGGUGGCGGCCACCACCAGGAACACAAGGUUGAUGGCGCUGGUGUCAGGCACCCUCAGGAUAGGUGUCAGCACAACCCCGCCAGAGCCAGAAACCACAGUGAAACUCGCAGCGAGGGCUCCGAGUACGAAGAGAUCCCCAAGAGGAGGAGGGAGAGGGGCUCGGAGACUGGCAGUGAGAGCGGGGGCAGCGACCCCGCACACUCCGACAAAGACGACAAUCGAAAGUCCAUUUCCAAGAGUUGUUCUAACAAUGUCGGUGCUGCCAGGAACGUCUCCUCUGCUCCACCUAGAGUUUCCCAGGCCCGUGUCUUCACCCCCAGGGGUGUGCCCUCUAGGAGGGGCAGGGGUGGAGGAGGCGGAGGUGGAAACAUCUACAGAAGUAGUGGCAAUAUAGUAGGAACAUCUGGGGGACACCGGAUUGGCCCCGGUUCUAGUUCUCACGGUGGGCCGGUCAAAUAUUCAGGCCGUAAACAACAGGGUCCGCCUCAGACCUCUGGAGCCAAAGAUCCGGGUCGAGGAGGAAACCCAGGAGAGAAAAAGGACAAGGUCGCUGACGGAGGUCAAGCUCCGAAUCAGGGAACCAAUCCCCCACCACCCCCUCUGCCCGCUGCACCCCCUGCUGCUUUGGGUUCCACUGAAAACGGAGGGCCGACAGUCCAGCAGCCCUUAACUAAUCCUCCACCAAACCCCGUUGGGCCAAAUGGCCCCCCUCAGCCCACCAACCGGGGGCACCCCCCUGCUGGGUUUGAGAGGCCUCCCAGACGACGGCGUCACGGGCGUUCUCAGCACCAACAAGACAAGCCGCCCCGCUUUCGAAGGUUGAAGGAGCGAGAGAACGCCGCACGCAUCAACGGAGGGGUGGGGAUUCCCGGGGGAGGGAGACCGCCGUCCCCUCCUCUGAACUCUGUUCAGGACAGUAACGGAGCCCCCGUCUCCGCCCCCCUCGCGGGAAACGUCCAGAACGCGAACCACAGCACCGCUCCAGCUGCCAACAGCAGCAGUGGCGUGCAUCUGAACAGUACGAACAGUCACCACCACCAUCACCACUACAACCAGGGCAGCGGUGCGCCCCCCCACCCCCAGCACCACCACAACCAUGGAGCGAAGUCUCCUGACUUCACCAACCAGAACUCGGACCAGGCCAACGAGGAGUGGGAAACUGCCUCGGAGAGCAGCGACUUCACCGAGUUCAGAGACAGAGACAGGGACAGGGGGGGAGGAGGAGGAGGAGGAGGAGGAGGGGGGAAGCCCUACACCUCCCACCAUCACCACCACAUGGGAAGAGGAGGAGGAGGUGGCGGUCUGGUGGAUCGUGAGAUGAUGAGUAAAGAGCCCUCAGCCAAUAAACGGAGCUUUUCAAGCCAGCGUCCUGGGAUGGAUCGGCAGAACCGGAGGGUCAACACCGGAGGAGGGGGAGGGGGAGGGGGAGGCCGAGGUCCUCGCGGCCCCCCCGGGGGCGGCUCCGGUGCACCUGCCAACGGAGGCGGCAAUCGAGGAGAGAAGCGCGGCAACUGGCCUUCACCGAAGAACAGGAAGUGACGGCGUUAAAACAAACAAACGGAUGAACCCUCCCCGGUACAUCUUAAUCCCUUCAGAUUAUUUCAUGGCUUAUCUGUUGGCAUCUUUAACACGUUAGUGCAUCGUGCAGUAUCUAAAGAUGGUAUUUAUACUCACCUCUGUCCCUACGUCAUUAUUCUUUGUACCGUCCGUUAUUGUAAAUUUCUCUUCUGUCUUGCUCUCAUUUUGUCCCCCCCAGUUAUUUUUAACCCCCUCUGAAUUCGACAAGCAUGUGGUCGUGCUGUGAAGGUGCACGUUGUUUCGACAGGACAUUCACACAUGCUCAGUUCAAGCACAAAAAGCCACAUCUGCAAACACGGGAUUAAAUGUGUGGGGCUGCUUGGAUUGGGCUCUUUUCUAUUUGUACGUACGUUCGAACCCCUCUGGCCUCAGGCGGCUCCGCAGCACCUCCCUCCCAGACGGAGAGAGAGAAGCUUCAUCUUUUAAUAACAAAACACUUUUUUUUUGUUAUUUUUUUUGUGUUUAUUUCUCUUUUCCGAAGCAGGAUGUUUUCAC